UCGCUUUUAUUAUUUCAACGUGUAUACUGGACGAAGUCAGUGGGCGCGCCCCACGAAGCCAGCUGUGCCGUCUGUACUUCAGGUUCGUUGUGCUCAUCUUUUGGUGAAACACGUCGGAUCGCGUCGACCAGCUUCUUGGCGCUCAGACACUAUCACUCGGUCGAAGGAAGAUGCAAAAAGAAUUUUAAUCGGUUACAAAAAACAGAUUGAGGAGGCACCAGACAAACAGCUAAAAAUGAAGACUUUGGCUAAAGAAUUUAGCGAUUGCUCAUCGGCAAAACGUGGUGGUGAUUUGGGCUUCAUCAAACGCAGGCAAAUGCAGAAGGCCUUCGAAGAUGCAGCUUUCAGUCUUGAAGUUGGUCAGCUAAGCGAUAUUGUGGAUACCGAAUCGGGCUUACAUCUGAUUUAUAGAAUUGAGUGAUG